UAAAGUAAAUUAAAAGGGAAAAAAAGAAGAUCGAGAGAGAGAGACCCCAAAAUGAGAAGAAAACCUGAGUGUUGUUGAGGGGCUCCGUGAAUGGGGGAUGAGUGAGUGAAUGGGCAGAGAGGUGAGUGAGUGGAAAUAGACGAGCCAUCCCCGGCCCCGCCCAUGCAGGUGAGGAGGGGCUGGUUGGCUCUUUCCAUGGCUGACCACACCCGGGCCAAAGUGCAUUUUCCUACCCAUUCACAGGAGCUGAGGCCAGGCAGAUCCUUUCAGCUUCCUCCUCCGCGGCAGCACCACUUUCCUCCAUUCCUGGCAGAAAGGGCACCAGGGAGGCAGCGUCAGGCUGGUGACCUGGGCGCCCCAGGUCUGCGGCAGCCCAGGAACCCAUUGGCACCUCCCUGCCCCAUCUCACCGGGCCGGUGACCACAUCGUUGUUUCGCUGCACACAGAUGCACGGAGCUUUCAGAGGGGUUUCCUACGUGGCUGGAGCUUUGUGUCCAUUUGAGAGGGAGUACUGAUCUGACGAACAACAGAGCUGACCCAUGGCUGAACCCCAACAGGACAGGAAGGAGGAGCUGGCAGGUGAAUGUAAACAAGGCUCCAACCCACAGAUGCCAGCUGACCCACGGGAUGCCAAACCUGAGGACACCCGUGUAGGUGAUCUAGAGCUGGUGCUUAAAGUCAGAAUUAAGAGUCCCAGAGAAAAUGACUUCAUUGAGGUUGAACUGAACAGAGGAGAGCUGAGUUAUCAGAAUCUCCUGAGAGUCAGUUGCUGCGAACUGGGGAUUGAGCCGGAGCAAGUGAGGGCGAUCAGAAAGCUGCCAAACACACUGCUCAGAAAGGACAAAGACAUUCAAAGACUACAGGACUUUCAGGAAGUAGAACUCAUCCUGGUGAAAAAUGGAAGCUCUGAAUUCGUUGAACACACAACAUCCCUGACAGAGAAGGCCUGCUACAACAGCAAUGCCGCCAAACUGACCUAUUAGAAAACCCCAGAAAUGAAACCCCCGGUAUCAAUGUUUUGUAAAUAACCAAGUUGGAAUGCAUGUACUGGUUUGCCAACUUCAUGUGCGUACUUUGCAAAAUUGUUCCCUCAUCUCAAACUUCUCUGGGCAGGGAGAAAUUGUCACAUCAUUUCCUAUUUACACUUUGAAACUUGCCUAUAAAAUGGCAUGACUUGCGUUACUGAUGAGGCCAUUUUUUUUUUUUUUAAGUUUUUUAAAAAAUUUAUUUGCCA